AUGAAAGAGAUUUACGAUGUUUGUAAUAACAAAGUAAAAACUCCAGAUUAUUGCAAUUAUUCUGUUAACAUAAAUGGUGGGCUCGUUUCUGCUGGUGUAUUUCAAUUUUUAAUGCCUAUUAGUCAAACUUUAUCCGCAUCUGUCUCAAAUGGCACAUUCAACCCAUCAAUGUUAAAAAUGAUGGAAUUCCUCAAUAGCUAUACUAAAUUAAAAGCAGUAACACGAAAAACAUAUGGAGCUCAAGCGAAAGAUUUCAUUCAAUAUUGUUCUUUUAAAGGGAUCGUUUGCUCAGCUGACGAUUUUGAAAUUACUCAAAAUAUACAAUUUGGAAAUUGCUUUACAUUUAAACCUUUAUUCUAUGCUAAGAGUCUAACGAACAAAUCUUCAUUCCUUUUAGAUAAUAAUGAUUUAGAAAUAAUCUUAAAUUUAGAAACCGGUUCUUACGUUACAUACAUUUCUAAGAGUAUGGGAGCAUUGGCUACUAUUCAUCAUAUGUUCGAAGAGCCUAGAAUGGAAGAAAAAAGUAUUCUCGUAAGCCCUGGCUUUGAAACAAUAAUAAAAAUUAAAUCAGCUGAAACCAAACGUCUACCAGCUCCAUAUGAAGAUAAAUGCAUGGAUUAUCGAUCAGAGAAAUUGAAUCCCAGAGACUGUAUAUUGCUUUGCAUACAGGAAAUUAAUCAUGAAAUAUGCGGUUGCGUUGAUCCCACAGUCGAUAUUUUUUUGGAAGAUACUUUAACUUGUGAUAUGACCAACAUUAAACACAUUCUGUGCUUAGGCAAUGUCAUCGACAAUCUUCUAAUCCAUCACGAGAACUGUAACUGCAAUGUGCCUUGCUUUUCUAUAGAUUACAACGAACAAGUAUGGAGAUCAUCUUGGCCUUCUAGAAAAUAUUUUGACAGUUAUCUGAGUCUUAAAUUCAAUCUGAGUAAAGAUUUAAAAUCGUUCAAAAAUGAUCACGCAUUUUUGAAAAUUCAUCUAGAAACUACAAAGAUAAUAAUAGAACAAAAGCCACUGUAUGAUAUUUCUGAAUUUUUUAGCAGCUUAGGAGGAAGUCUGGGACUUUUUUUAGGAAUAUCAUGCAUGACAGUCUUUGAAAUCUUAGAAAUUUUAAUCGUGAUAUUAAACCACGAAUUCAUUUAA